UCACAAACCGUCCAAAUUUGCUCUUAUCAGUAUAAAUAUGAAAGGCUAUCAAACCGACCUCUCUCCCACUCACUAUAACUUUCUUCAAUAAUUACAAAGACCUUGGCAAGGUUACUCGUGUUGAAUCAGUCAUGUCGAAUGCAUAUUUUAUUGGUGUUGACGUGGGCACAGGUAGUGCACGAGCCGCCUUAGUCACCGAUAAUGGCAAAAUUGUUAAAACGGCGGUCCAAAGCAUCCAAACGUGGAACCCGCAGCAGGAUUUUUACGAGCAAUCGUCGGACGAUAUCUGGAAUGCCUGUGUGACGUGCAUUAAGAAAGUGGCCGAAGGGGUCAACCCCGACGAUGUCAAGGGCCUGGGCUUUGACGCCACUUGUUCACUCGUGGCUUUGGACAAGUCGGGGAACCCCCUAAGUGUGAGCCCGAGUGGCAAUGACCGCCAAAACGUAAUUCUGUGGCUCGACCAUCGCGCUUCGGGCGAAGCCGCCAAAAUCAACAAACUCAGUCACUCCGUUCUUAAAUACGUCGGGGGGAAAAUCUCGCUCGAAAUGGAAACGCCGAAGUUGCUUUGGCUUAAAACCCACCUCCCGAAACAAUGGGCUAAAGUGGGGCUUUUUUUCGACUUGCCUGAUUUUCUGACGUGGAAAGCGACAAGUUGCGAGACGCGCUCGCUUUGCUCGUUGGUCUGUAAGUGGACUUAUGAUGGCCAAGCCGGCUGGAGCCCCAGCUAUUUUCAAGAAAUCGGUUUGGGGGAUUUACAGGAGGAUAACUGGCGGAAAAUCGGCGCCACAGUGCUGUCACCCGGCUCUCCGGUCGGCCAGGGUUUGAGCAAACAAGCGGCCAAAGAGCUGGGGCUUAAAUUUGGUACCCCUGUUGGUACUUCCAUUAUUGACGCCCAUGCGGGCGGUUUAGGGCUUGUCGGGUGCCGAGCUGGCGUUAAUCCGGAUUUUAGUACAAGAUUAAGUUUGAUUUGUGGCACCUCCACUUGCCACAUGGCUGUGGCCAACAAACCCGUCUUUACGCCAGGUGUUUGGGGGCCGUAUUUCAGCGCAAUGGUCCCAGGAAUGUGGCUGAAUGAAGGGGGGCAAAGCGCCACCGGAAAACUAAUAGACCAUGUGAUAGACUCACACCCGGCCACUGCAACUAUCAAAGGCAAAAUCGGAGAAAUGCACAUUCAAACCUACUUGAGCAACCUUUUAAAGGAUUUGGCUAAAAAAGCAAAUUUAGAUAAUGUGGCUUUUUUGACGAGAGAUCUCCACGUCUGGCCUGAUUUUCACGGGAAUCGGUCACCAAUCGCAGACCCGACGCUGAAGGGGGCUGUUUCUGGACUGACUUUGGCAGAAGAUGAGGAAAGCUUGGCCCUGCUGUAUCUAGCCACUGUCCAAGCUUUAGCGUACGGCACUCGCCACAUUCUUGAAUCGUUGAUUAAAUCAGGCCAUUUCAUCGAAUCGGUUCUAAUUUGUGGCGGUUUGAGUAAAAAUUAUUUAUUCACGCAAACCCAAGCCGAUGUUGUUAACCUUCCGGUUGUCUGUCCGGAAGAAAUUGAGUCGGUUUUGUUGGGUUCAGCAAUAUUAGGCGCCUGUGCUGCGAAGUAUUUCCCCGAUAUGACCACAGCCAUAAAAUCAAUGGGUGGUAAAGGAAAAGUCGUAUCACCGAAUCCCUCGAUUAUGGAUUAUCACAAUAAGAAGUACAAAGUUUUUCUAGCCAUGUACGAACAUCAGGUGCAAUACAGAACGAUCAUGAGUCAAUAAAUUGUUUAAAACUG